CGGGGCUCGGCUUGGGGCUGGCGUUGGGGAUGCUGCAGCUGGGCCGACCUGCGGGACUUGAGCCUUGGCCCAAGGGAUGGCCAACGUGCGGGUGGCCGUGAGAGUCCGGCCCCUCAGCAAGAGGGAGACCAAAGAAGGGGGAAGAAUUAUUGUGGAAGUUGAUGGCAAAGUGGCAAAAAUCAGGAAUUUAAAGGUGGACGGUCGACCCAGUGGCUUUGGCGACUCCCGGGAGAAGGUUGUGGCAUUUGGCUUUGAUUACUGCUACUGGUCAGUCAACCCAGAGGACCCCCAGCAUGCAUCUCAGGAUGUGGUGUUCCAGGAUUUGGGGACUGAAGUACUGUCUGGAGCUGCCAAAGGCUACAACAUAUGCCUUUUUGCCUAUGGGCAGACAGGCUCUGGGAAGACAUACACCAUGCUGGGCACCCCAGCCUCUGUUGGGCUGACACCACGGAUAUGUGAGGGUCUCUUUGUCAGGGAGGAAAACUGUGCCCCACUGCCUUCCUCCUGCAGAAUAAAAGUAAGCUUCCUGGAAAUCUAUAAUGAACGAGUGCGGGAUCUGCUGAAACAGUCUGAUCAAAAAAAGACCUAUAAUCUGCGGGUCAGGGAGCACCCAGAGAUGGGGCCCUAUGUACAAGGUUUAUCUCAACACGUAGUUACCAGCUAUAAGCAAGUAAUUCAGCUCUUGGAGGAGGGAAUAGCAAACAGAAUCACAGCAGCAACGCAUGUUCAUGAGGCCAGCAGCAGAUCCCAUGCCAUCUUCACUAUCUACUAUACGCAGGCAAUCCUGGAGAACCACCUCCCCUCUGAAAUCUCUAGCAAGAUCAACCUUGUGGACCUAGCAGGCAGUGAAAGAGCAGAUCCCAGUUACUGUAAGGACCGGAUUACUGAAGGAGCCAAUAUCAACAAGUCUCUUGUGACUCUGGGGAUCGUCAUCUCCACCUUAGCCCAGAACUCUCAGGUAUUCAACAGCUGCCAGAGCUUCGGCAGCACAGUGAGCGAUGGUAGUGACAGUGGGAUCCCUAGCUCUCCUUCCAGGACCAGCAGUGGAGCAGGACCUUCCCAGAGGCAGUCUUACAUCCCCUACCGGGACUCUGUGUUGACCUGGCUGCUGAAGGACAGCCUCGGAGGCAACUCCAGAACCAUCAUGGUUGCCACCGUGUCUCCUGCACACACUAGCUACAGUGAGACCAUGAGCACGUUGAGAUAUGCAUCCAACGCCAAAAACAUCAUCAACAAGCCACGGGUAAAUGAGGAUGCAAACGUGAAGUUGAUCAGAGAACUCAGGGAAGAGAUUGGAAGACUGAAAGCCAUGCUGCUGAGCUUUGAGCUGAGAAACUUCCAUUCAUUGAAUGAGGGAAAGGAUGAAAAUCUGAAGGAGCUGGCUCUCCAAAAUGAAUUGAAGAUUGACCAGCUGACUAAAGACUGGGCCCGUAAGUGGAACGAGUGGAAGGCCCUCGUGGAACAUUACAGAGUGGACAUCAACAGGAGGAGGGCUGGGCUGGUCAUCGACUCCAGCCUGCCACACCUGAUGGCCUUGGAGGACGAUGUGCUCAGCACAGGUGUCGUGCUCUAUCACCUCAAGGAGGGGACAACAAAAAUAGGAAGGAUUGACUCAGACCAGGAACAGGACAUUGUCCUGCAGGGUCAGUGGAUCGAGAGAGACCACUGCACUAUCACCAGCGCCUGUGGGGUCGUCAUUCUGCGGCCUGCCCGCGGGGCCCGCUGCACGGUCAAUGGCCGGGAGGUCACCGCCUCCUGCCGUCUGACCCAAGGAGCAGUCAUAACCCUGGGGAAAGCACAGAAGUUCCGAUUCAAUCACCCCGCAGAGGCCGCCGUCCUUCGGCAGAGGAGGCAGGUUGGAGAGACUGUUGGUAGCAGUGGCUCUCUGGAGUGGCUGGAUUUGGACGGAGAUGUCACUGCCUCCCGGUUGGGUCUUUGCCCUUUGCUUGGGAAGGAAAGGAAAGCGCUGGGAGAGCAGAGUGACAAGGACCACAGGCCACCAAGGGCUGGAGAGACACCCUGUGGGGCCCAGAUUCAGCAGCAGCGGCUGUGCUUCGUGGGGGAUUUGAGGCAGCGAAUCCUAGCGGGACAGAUUAGAACCAAACAGGAACGGGAACUGGACGGGACGUGUGCCAGCCAACAGGUUAAAGACGACCAGCAGUGGCUACUCAGAGAAGGGACCUGGCCGGCCGGCUUGCAGCAGCAGCUGCAGCAAGACCGUGUAGAAGAGAAAGAACUUGCAGCCGCUGUUCCAUCUGAUUCAUGGUGCCAGACAGACCCUGAGACUCAGCCAUCUCCCCUGGUCCAAAGCCAGAAGAGGGUGGUGCACCCGCAGCUCCUGCGGAGACUCGCGCUUCGGGUGGCGGAGCGGAACGGCCGGCAGAGAAGGGUCUCGUUCCAGCUGAAGAGGACCAUCGAGAAGCCGAGGCUGCUGGGGACCCACAGGAGACCGGAGCAGCUCAGGUUGCUGUGCUGGCUCCAGGAUGACUGUCCCCGGAGGCCCCCCUUCCCGGCCCCCUGCCCUGGUGCCCUGGUCCUAGGGCCUCAACGCAGAAGCAGAUUGACAAGGUGCAGUUCCUUGAGCCUCCGAAGGCCCUGCAGCCGGCACUCAGCCCAACUGCGCAGUGUUUUCCUGAAUUGGGAUCCCUCCACCACGUCACCUCCCGUGCCUGACCCUUCUGAGCAAUUAUCAGAGAAAACCCCAUCAGAAGAGUACUUGCCCCAGGCUGCUUAUUACCCCCCAAGGAAAGGGCAUUUCAUCAAGCAUGCCCUCCGUUCUUCAGGCGAGGGGCAGCUCUGCACAGCCAGGAAGGCCCUGGCCAGGAAGGGAGCCUCACCCUCUGGCACCUGCCUCACUGAGAGCUGCGAGUCUGCCAGUGUCCAGGAAAUGGAGAGAGUGGCCCCACUGGAGCCACGGAAGCUGGAGGAGCCCCAGGGGAAGCAGCGGGAUCUCCCAGGGCCAGAUGACUCCGACAGCGAAGACAGCCAAGUAUCUGAGGACUCGCUGGCCGAGAAGGGGUACCAAAGCCCACAGGACAGCCCAGCGCUCAGUUUUCUCACCCGUGGCCAUGGCCACUCUAGGGCCAGAGCUCAAGCCUCUGUGAGGGGCUUCACCACAUCCUCAGACAGGCGACUGUUCACCCAGACGCACAGGAGCUUUUCCCUCGACAGCCUGGUUGACGCUGAGGAAGAACUGGGGGACGAUCGGCAAGGAGAGCCUUUCUUCCGUUCAGCUGACGAGAUGCCCACGGAGACUUUCUGGCGCCUGCAGAGCUCCAGUCUGCCCGCAGGGGACGAGGAGGCAGUGUGCAGGCCUGGCCCCAUCAGCCACAGAACAGGAGCCAGGCUGGAUGCCGCCCUGCCAGUGAGCAGUUCGUUUUACCUGGAGCUCCAGCCCCGCUGUGAGCAGCCCGAGUUGGCGGUGGAGGCAAGCCCCACAGAACAAACCAACACUCUCCAAGACGUGCAGCUUUCCAGAGGGAGCCCUCUGGCGUCCAUGGAUUCCUGGUUCUCCUGUGACUCCAAGAACAGUCCCAGUAGCCCCCCAGGUUCUUUAUGUCCAAGUCCUGACGUCCAGGAUGUUCAGCCCUGCGGUUGGGAGAGGCCUGGAUACUGGCCCAAUAUGGAAGAACUAAAGUCAUCAGAUACAGAAACAGUCCUGUCCUGCAGCUCCAAACGGCCCCUGGGCGGUGCUGAGCUGCCCUGCAGUGUCAGAAGUGUAUACACAGUCCCUGUUUCUGAUACGACCAGGGUGUCCCUCUGGGGCUCUUAUAGGCUUCUUCAGCCAGGAGCCGAUGGCACCUUUCAGGCCAGAGGGGUCCCUGACAUGGCCCAGAAGGGCGUCUCUGAAGCAUCUGACUCUAGUGUGUCAAGCUUGUUGGCUGCCUCUGCCACCUCAUUCACUUACGUUGGCAGUGCCUGUGAGAGAGACUGGGCUGCCCUUCCGCAAAAGUACCUCCUUGAACUGUCUCAUCCUGUUUUGGAGGCCACAGGAGCACCCAGUCUCCCUCCUCGAGGGAAGGGAAGGCCCUCCCUCGAGGAAGACUCUGGUUCCCUGACCCAAGAUUCUGGCAGGGGAGGAGAUGCUCUAUUGCCAACUGGUCCUAGGGUAUCUAGCAGCCCGGAUUUCAACAACUUUCCUAUCCAUCUGUCCAGAAUUAGGCGUCUGAGAGCUGAGAAAGAACAGGACAGUCUGCGUGUCGAGGUAGAAGGUACUUCAGAAUUCUUUACAGCUAAUGAGAAAGAGGUGAGUCAUAGUGGAACUUAUUCAGCGGACGUAGAAUCAUCGACUUCUGGAACUACAAAUGCGCACGUCUCUACAGCAGCGAACAAGACAGCACAUCCCGUGAUGGAAGCAUGGGGAGUCAAAGAGAGCAGCUUGGAAGAAGCCUCUCAGAGUAGCGAGAAUCCUGGUCUCAUGACGUCCUCUGAUGAAUGUUUCAUCCUGACGAACGCUUGUCACCAUGUUGUCACCAUAGACACCAAAGAACCCCAUUGGCCCCGACGCUGGGCUCCUUUGAGGAAGAAUAGUGCAGACCCAGGGGGGCAAUUAGGUCAGAACAGCCACCACCUCCCGCAGGAAGAGAAGACAGACUCCCAGGAGAGCUCCAAGGAAGCGGGUAGAAGACACAGCAGGUUUUCCUUUGCCUUUCCUUCAGGUCCAGAGCUGUGCCUCCACUCUGCUCCCUGGAAUCCACUCCCAUCUUCCCUGCAGCCACCUCCCUUGGAAACAUUCUAUGUGACCAAAAGCCGAGAUGCCCUAAGAGAAACCGCCUUGGAAAUUCCGGCUUGCAGAGAAGCAGGGGCGCCCUCCCCCCCUCCCAGGGAAGCAUGGGGCUUUGGACAUGAGCACCAAGUCCUCCAAAAUGUGUAUGUGAAGAAUAAGUUGCCAGCGCUGUUACAAAACCAGAAUUCCAAGAUUGCAUCGUCUCAGCAGGUCAUGGCAGAAAGGCCAGCUGACCCGAACACCAAGGAAGCUUGCAGGGAAAAAGGGAAAUGCCUUGGAAACAUUAAAGAAGAAAGCCAUAACUCAGUUUAUUUUUUUGUCACUCAGAACAGACAUUUUCUUCCAUCUACCAGCAUAAAAGUAUGUGAAUUUGAAAAUCAAGUUGGAAUUUUAAAUAAACACAGUCUUCCAGUGCUCAAGCAGGGAGAAAAGGCUACUGUACAGUCCUACUGCAGUGUCUCCUCAGUCAGUUCUGGGUCAAGGAAGCCUCCCCUGGUGUGUGAAUCUGAGACGAGUGGGGAAGAAGAGCAGGGGCAGGAUGCAGUCCUCAGAGAGACCCCGGCCUGUGACGUGAAGAGACGGUUUCCUUCUGGGGUCAGGUCUGAUUUCAUCUAUAAAACCAUCAAUUUAGGCCUUGACAAGGACAAGACAGAGGAAGCCACUCGCUCUUUGAAGUCCAGAUCAGUACAUCAUAGAGUAAGCAGCCCAGAGACAGCAGCCCAGGAUGAGAGUCCAACCCACAAGGGGGAAAGGAGGAAUGAAAUUGGGCUUCCUGGAAAAGCGCUCCAUCCCAAAGAUGGCUCAGAAGAGUUUAGGCUUCCACAGGCAGAGUCCAUGUAUGAAAGAUUCCAGUCAGUUACGUGCUUUCAGGAAAGAAACCUCGGUGAAUGCAAGGUCCCUGGAAAGGUGCGAGAAGCGUUAAACCCCAAAGAAGAACCUCCUGGAAAGAAACGGAGUAAAGGAGAUAAUAAUGCUGAUGAGAUGGCUAGGCUAAUUAGGAGUGUAAUGCAGCUGGAAAAUGGCAUCUUGGAAAUUGAAUCCAAACAGAGUACGCAGCUAAAUGCUUCCCACACACUGGGAGUCAGUAAGGAGUUUAUGUUCCAGGACCAGAAGGACCAGGAGAUGGCUGACCAUGUGCUGAGGCCAGGCAGCUUUAGAAACCACCUGUCCUUCAAGGAUCAGCCAUCUUCUCCAAAGUGGAAAGAUGAUGUUAUCUUUAGGGAUGGUGAAGCUGGACAAAUGGAGGUUAACAGUAGCAUUGAUCCCCAGGUACACGACAUCAGAUUUGUGAAAGGGCACACCCACCCAGCUGUAUUAGACAGACCCGCCAGGGAAGCUGCUGGUUAUUUAGGGACAUUUACAGUUUGCAGAGAAUGCACCAACUCUUCUGCUCAUCCAAGGAAAACGAAAGCUUCGGCUGGAGCUCUGCCAUUGCAGCCCAUGCCUGAGAGGACUUCUGAGGAGGGCGAGCUGGCGAAUGCAGUGUACCCCAGACGGCCGCCCCGUGGCUUGGGAAGUCUCGAGGAGCUGGAGACUGUGAAGGGUGUUCAGGAAAGCCAUUUUGCCAAACGCAUACGUAGUUCUAAGCAAGAGGAGCUGGAAGUUCAAGGCAGAGUUGAAGAAACGGCUAUGCAAAGAGGGAGCCUACAGGAGAAAAACAAAGUGGUUUCAUUGACUCAGAAACUCCCUGGCCUGUGCCAGCGUUGUGUGUGCACAUUUUUCAGCCAAGAGACUGACCCAUUGCCAAGCCAGCCAGGGGCCUGUAUGGCUCCUCGCCGGGACCUGAGCAACGCCUUGCCCUUGAAUUCAGCAAGGCCGCCAAGAACCUGUCUUUAUGUACCUGGUACUCUAGGCAUCUCUUCUGUUGACUGUGUGCUGGAUCCCACCCUGUUGAAAAUGCCCACCAGUCCCCUGGUAACUGGAGCGGGGCGUCAGGACCAGAGUGGAGAGCCCGGACGCCACAGCCCACAGCACGGAGACGAUAGACAGGGCUUCUCCGCAGCACACCCUGCUUGGUGCGGGUCUGUGAUAUCCAUGGCUGUGGGAUCUCGCAGUCAAUCCAGUGCACCAGCGAGCAUUCCCCUGGGGGCAGAGGGCAGGAGGUCAACAAGCACCAGUCUGCAAGGCCACGGAGGGGACCUCAGAAGCACCUUGCUGGGCUUGGGUAGCAGGGUGGGUUCUCCUUCCGAAGCCGAGGCAGCUGUACCAAGAGGACCAGACAGAGCCAGUUCCCUGAACAGGGCCUCUAGCCUGCUUGAGAGGAGGGCCAGCUGCCCCUUAGAAGAGGGGGACAAGCGAGGCAGGGGGGAGAGGCAAAAGGCAGAGAAGGAGGCCGAGGACCUCAGUCCUGCCAGUGGUGCUUUCUCAGCACCUGUGUCCUUGCCAAGGCUGCCUCAGCCGGAGCCCUCUGCCCAUCCAGCCACGUGCCUGGCUGAGUUGGAGGAGAUAGGACAGGCGAAGGCCCAGGGGAAGCAGCUUCACAACGUGGUGGCUGGGGGCACAGUCCUUCCUCACGAUGAGACGCUAUUAGGACCUGAAUGUUCUUCAGGGGCCCCUGGCAGGCCUCAGUGUCCACAAAUGGGCCAGUCAGUGUCAGCCAGGACCAGAAAUGAGGGUGAAGCACGGGGAUUUCAUGUGGCGUCUCUCUCUGCUAAACCAGGACACCUGUCAAGUGAUGAGAGGACAUCUGUCCUUCAGGCCACACCCCGCUCUGCAGACAGCUGUCACCCUCUGCCCAGCACUGACACCAACACGGGGCCACGGCACUCCUCACGGACUUCCUCCCACGUUGACCCUGCUCCAGGUACAAGUCACUGUAGCGGAAAACGGAGACAUUGCCUGGGAGCCGGUGAACAGUUUGUGCAUCACACUAGCUCUUCUGAAAUCAUAGAGAAAGAGGGAGAAGCAACCAGAACACCUUCCUCUGCUGAUGCUUUGGGCUCAGACAGUCUUCCUUUUUCAGCAGCUGUGGAGGAGGACAGGAGGGUAAUGGUGGAGGAAAUAGUGGCUGCCUUACCUUCUCAGGCCCCUUUUGAUGAUGCUGGAGGGAUUCCAUGUAGGCGAGGCCCGUUUGCUGCCUGGGAAGCUGCCCAGGGCAUUCUCCCUGGCUGGCAGGAGAGCAGCCUAGCCCACCAAGAACCUGGGACUCUGGACAACACAUGGGGAGGAGGUCCUGGUAACUUCCUAGUGGCUGCACAAGGAGGAAAACCAACCUGUUUUGAAAGUCACCUUGUGAUCUGUGAUGUUGAGAAUUCUGCCCGUCUCUCAGGGCCUAACCAAGACCAGGGCCAAUGCCUUGAGGCUUCCACCAGCUUAGAAGAAGGGAAGGCGAGUCCCAAAUGGGGUGCCGUCCUUCCCAGAGCCCUGGGAGGGAUUGGACUGGAAGCUCCCUCUCAGCAGCCUGUGAAGCGGGAGGGGCGUGUUGGCUCUAGGCUAGCAGAAGCCUGCAGCGCCAGUGUCAGAGGUCCCAGGCCAACUCCGUUGCCACAUCAGAGACCCGGAGGAGUUAGGGAGGAGGCCCUGCGCGGGUGCCCGCGGGAAACUUCAGACUGUGGUGUCUUUUCGGGGAGCACUGAAGGCAGCAGGACCCUCAGCCCACCCGGAGGCCAAGCAGACAGCAGAUCUCAUCCUUGCCGGCAGCCGUGCAACCCUCAACCCGUUGCUUCCGGGGCCCGUGCCUCCCCUUCCUCCACUUCACUGUGUUACAGAGACGGUGACCUGGGCAAGGGGGCUUCCGAGGCCACCCCGCAUACUCGCCACCCACCCUGCAUGGUCCCCCCCAGGGCCUGCGGGGUGGAGAGAGGAGAGGGCCAUUGCAGGGAACCUGAUGUACUCUGGGCACAUGGCCUUGAGCCCAAAAGCAUUAAUGUGGAGUUGGGGCCGGUAGAUGGCAGCACCCCGGAGACCUGUGCUGCUGCUCUCCUGCCUCCGGCUCAGGGCUGCAGCUCCCCUUCCGCCCCUGAUGUGAGGACAAGUCCCCUCAGCCCCUGGGUUGCUGAUGGUAGCUGCAGGUCAGUAGGGGAUCCUGAGAAAAAGGCUGGCAAGAAGAAAGUCAGCGCUGAGCUUGAGGCUCCCCCUUUCCAUGCAGGCAGGUGCUCUGAACCACCCGGGAGGUUUCAGGACAGCUCCGCUGGUGGCCGGAGUGCACAGGGCUCUCCAACCAAGCCAGAACCACCUGCAACAGCUGGGGGACCACACAGCCUGAAUUUAAGUGAAGGGUGUGUUGCGAGUGAGCCGCCGGUGGGACCACAACAUGGAUGUUUGGGAAAUGCCAUCAGAUGCCUUCCAGAAAAGCCGCAACUUUCCGCGGAGUCCAAGGAUCCUAGUGGCUUGGAUCCCCAAGCCAAAUUGGUAGCAGAGUUACAGUGCGUCUCCGGUCCCCAGGUUGACAGCCCCCGGGAGGAGGAAGAGCAGCAGAGAGACCAGGCUUCAGGUGGCCGAGAAGAUGCUGCCCGGGGCAGGAGCCCCCCAUGUGCUGAUGAAGGUGGCUCAGGCAGCUGUCAGAUUAGAGGUGCAGGCAGAGAGGACGAGGCUGUGGCCAGGCUCCCUGCAGCCUUCAGAGACUCAGCCACUGUCCCCUUGGGGCAACGUGGAGCAUGUUGGCCUGUGGCCCGGGGCCCCGGGCAGCCCUCUUCUGGCGGGGAGCAGCCGGCACCCUGCCACCGGUGCUCACUUCCUGUGAUCGCCAUCGUCUCUGGCCCCAAACACUCUAGACCGCAGUUCUCUGUGGUCAGCUCUCACCGGUCUCUUCAGGAGCUAAGCUUGAGCGUGGAGCCUCCUUCCCCGACAGAUGAGGAUAUACAGGAGCCUAGCAGAUUGUGGACCCCACAUCCCAGAGGCUGUUUCUCAGGAAAGUCUGCGGCAAGAACGUCUCUGAAAGCUGAGGGCUGCAAUCAGGAAGCCGCCUCUGACCUGGAUGGCAUCGCUGCUGAUCCCAGGCCCCUGCCGUCCACACCCCCUCCUUCCCCGGUGACUUCAGCUGUCUCGUGCAUGCCGACCCCCGAUCUCAUGGCUGCUCGGCUAUUUGGUACUCCGGAACAGGCCCAGCCGGGAAAGCCAGAGAGACUGGGUGGCCAGGCUCGGCCAGAGGCGUGGUGCUCUGAGGCGGGCGGAGGAGCCCUGCUUUUUGGCUCCAGCACCAUCGAUCCCUGCGCCCUGCCCUGGCGUCCCGAGGGGCCUGCGCGUGUUGGCCGGAAGCAAUAUGUGUUUGGCGGCGCAGCUGAUGUCUCCCGUGGCCCGACACCCCAGGGCCUGACACCGUCAGACGUGGACCGGUGCUCCCGUGAGGACGACGGCCUAGCCGACCGGGGCUCCCCGGUCUACUCCCACUGCAGCACCUUGGCCAGUGCCCGAGGCCUGUCAAGUACACGCAGCCUCGUCGAAAGCGCCCGCCGUUCCCGUGAGGCCUGGGGAGUCUGGGGUUCCUCAUUUGCCCUGGGGAGCCCCCACGUCCUGAUCAGCUCUGAAGGGGCAGCCCCCCCUAAGGGUCCUGACGAGAGAGGCGGGUUCCCGGGCACCCCUGAAGAGGCAGGCUGCCUGAGGAGGGAGCCUCCCUUGGCUGGAGGAAGUGCUGCGGGCCCGGUGGAUGAGAUUAUGCUGCUGUACCCAUCAGAGGAGGGCGGCCCUGUGGGUGUGUCCAGGAUGAACACCGUGGAGCGGGGCACCCAGACUCUAGGCUGCAGGUCCCGCUGGAGCCAUGCGGACCUCUCUGCUCAGUCGGAUCUGGCCUCUUGGACCAGCAUGCACAACCUGUCUUUCCGCCUCUCGCAGCUCCUGCACAGCACCUCGGAGCUGUUGGGGCGUCUCUCCCAGCCAAGGGUGGCCGAAAAGGAGUGGAAUGCCAAGAGGGAGACCCCGGGUGAGGUGCCCCAGGCACUGAAGAUGGACGGCUGUACUCAGACCACCAUGGAUGAGGGCAUCCAGACUGACGCGGCCUCACCAUCUCUGCACCUCCAGGCCCCAGAGGCCAACUCUCAGAAAGUCAAUGCGGUCCUUGAAAGGCUGGGCUCAGAUCUUUCCAUCACGUCUCAGGAAAAGGGACAUGUCCCCGGGACGCUUAAGAAGAGAGGGGCAGAGGGGACCGCACGGAAAAUAGCAGGGCCCCGAGAUCUUCAGGAAGAAAGCACACUCUGCAGGCCCCGGAGUGCCCCCGUACCCUCAUCCCACUUGAGUUUUCAGAAAGUGCCCCCUGGGCAGAACCUGCAUCCUCUGAGCCCCCAGCCUUCUCUGGAUGCCCCCCUGCCUCCCAGCCUGGCUGGUGGCAGCCCCGGCCGCAGCCUCGGUGCACCUCCCUCCCCAGGGCCCUGUCCCCACACUGUGGAGCCUGUGGAGGAGCCCGGGGUGUGGAAGGAGCAGGGCCCCACGAGCGCCUUGCUGGUGGACAGGGCCUCCUCCCCGAUCCUCACGCUUAGCGCCAGCACCCAAGGGUCAGGGCACCCCCCAGGCGCUUUGUCUCUCUCGGCCCCCUCAGCUCAUUCCCUUGAAGGCUGCCAGAAGUUUGUCUCCCGCCCAAGCCUUCCCCUGGGCGCCCCGAGGGCUGCAGUGGGUAACUAUUCUCAAACCACUGAUGAGUCAGGGAGCUCUCAGAGCGUGGAGGCUCCGUGUGGAGAAGGUAGCAGUCCCUUAGAAGGGGGUGACCACAGGUGCUCCCUUGGGCUGAGCUCCCGAGGCCACCCAGAGCAGAGCGCAAAGCCCCAAGUCCGUUGCGUGGAGCAGGCCCCACAGGGGCGUCAGCCCAGGACCACCACUGGGGUCCAGAGCAGACUGUCGCCUCCACCACCGGGAAGCAGGAGCCGGAGGCUGACUGAUGGCUUUGUGCCUGAGGACGUGGCCUCCCUAGAGUGUGGCCCACUGAGCAGCAGGGGGCUGAGUCGAUGGCAGUGCAGGACAGAGAAUGGGGGUGAGAGCUCAGUGUCUCCAGAGGAGCCACGGCCCGCUCUGAACAUUUCCUCUUCGUGGGGAGGCCUCUGGCGCCGCCGCAGCUGCCCUUCCUUUGAGUUGGCUGACACCCCAGGGCUCCGGGGUUGCAUCUUGGGCCCAACCGAGGCCUGCCAGCCUGAGGGGCCGCUGCGCCCCAGUUCCCAGACAUGCAUGGCCCCUGAGCCCCAGCACCACGGUCUGAGGGACCUCCCGGUGUAUAACAAAUCCAGCGAUUGGUGUGGGGGUCAGGACGGCUCCCCUGGGGCGCUGGGUGUGAUGGAUUUGCUGGGGACCAGAUGUGAUUGCAGCUCAGGACAGCAGGGACAGAGGCUCCCACAACCUCAUGAGGACCAGAGCCAGGCGCCCGAGUGGUCCCAGAGGGAGCAGAUCCCCCUGCGAGUCGGGGCCCAGACCCUCUCCCUCAGCGUGGAACUCACGGAAGCAAAACUGCACCACGGCUUUGGGGAGGCAGACGCCCUGCUGCAGGUGCUGCAGAGCGGGACGGGGGAGGCACUUGCUGCCCAAGAGGAGGAGCCGUACGCCUGGCCAGAACGCACCGCAGAGAACCUCCGGAGGGAGCGGGCUGAGCGACUUCAGAACUUCCGCCGGACGCAAAGCCUCAGCCCCCAGAAACAACUGAGCUUCCCAUUCAACCGGGAUCUCCCCACCUGGGCCUUUGACUUGCCCAGCAGGCGCCGAGAAUACCUGCAGCAGCUGAGGAAGGAUGUUGUGGAGACCACCAGGAGCCCACGGUCAGUGUCAAGGUCUCCUCACCCACCCUCUGACAUAGAGCUGAUGCUACGAGAAUACCAGCGGGCCCGUGAGGAGGCCAAGGUGGAGAUUGCCCGGGCCCGGGCCCGACUGCGGGAGCAGACUGAACAGGAAAAGCUGCGAAUCCGCCAGCAGAUCGUCCGCCAGCUGCUGCGGGAAGAAGAAAAGCUACACACCCUGGCCGCCUCAAGCUCUUGGUGCACCAGCUCCAACGGAAGUCUCUCCUCUGGUGUCACCUCCGGCUACAAUAGCAGCCCGGCCUUGCCAGGCCAGCUCCAGUCCCCAGACAGUGUGGUUGAAAGUGCUUGUGAGAAAUGCAGGGGAGCAGCUGGAAAUCAGGCAGUUGGGAUCCAGAUCUGGAGCUCAGAGGGGGACACAAACUUGCCUGAUUCCAGAGACUCCUGGAUAGGGGAGGUGUGGGGCCGCUCUGCAGUGAGGAACAGUCAGCUGAACCUGGCCGGCUCUGCCUGGAAAACCUCAGCCUGCAGCCGCAGAGCCUCCUUGGGCAGUUGCUGCUGUUCUCCGUCCAGCCUGUCCAGCCUGGGGACCUCCUUCUCCUCCUCCUACAAGGAUUUGGCCAAGCACAUCGUGGACAUCUCUAUGGCUGAUGUAAUGGCUGCUUGCUCAGAUAAUCUGAACCAUCUCUUCAGCUGCCAGGCAGCAGCUGGCUGGAACCAUCAGGGCGAGGAGCAGGACGUGCAUCUGUACUACAAGGUGUUUUCUUCUACUCGGCAUGGCUUCCUGGGGGCUGGCGUGGUGUCCCAGCCACUGUCUCACGUGUGGGCAGCUGUGAGUGACCCCACCUUGUGGCCGCUGUACCACAAGCCCAUCCAGACAGCGAGGCUGCAUCAGCGGGUGACCAGCAGCAUCAGCCUGGUGUAUUUGGUGUGCAAUACCACCCUGUGUGCACUGAAACAGCCACGGGAUUUCUGUUGUGUCUGCGUGGAAGCCAAAGAGGGGCAACUGUCUAUCAUGGCAGCUCAGUCUGUGUAUGAUGCGUCCAUGCCGAGACCCAGCAGGGAGAUGGUCCGAGGGGAGAUCCUGCCCAGUGCCUGGAUCCUGCAGCCCCUCACUGUGGAAGGGAAGGAGAUCACCAGAGUCAUCUACUUGGCCCAGGUAGAACUUGGUGCUCCAGGAUUCCCCCCUCAGCUCCUAAGCUCCUUCAUCAAACAGCAGCCGCUGGUUAUAGCCAGACUGGCUUCCUUCCUUGGUAGUUAGCAUCUCACGGUCAAGAUGGUGCUCCAGGACACCCCAGAGAUGCUGGGGCAGCUCUUGUUACUCUCUGUAUCCUGAUGUUAAGAAGAGCCGAGGCUACCUGCUAUGGCCAACUGGGCAGACAGCACUCAUCCCUGAGUUGCCAGCGAAACCUAGUCAGUACUUGGUCACAGCUGGCACCUCUGCAGAGCGAGGGGGCCUGAGCUCCCGGCUGUCCAGAGUGAAUGAAGCUCAACUCACCUUUUUGGAUUUCUCACCUUUUUUGCCCGUCUCUGGGACCCUAUGGCAUACAGGCCACUCAAGGAUCAGGACUGGACACAGCCAGCAGAGCUGGGAGCCUGCAGUGCUCUGACAUGGUGCUUACUUAGUUCGGCGCAGCCCUGGGGCUGGUAGGGAAGCAGGAGCCAUUGGCCAAGACUCUGCUCAGAAUGUGCUCCAGCAGUCAGCUCCACUGUGGGAUGGGGUGUUAGGAAACAGAAAACGGUUUAAAAAAACAGCUGCACAAACCAGAACACUGAUUUAGAAUUGUUUCUCCUCCCUGAAUUUUUACAAAAUGCUUUAUUAUUAAUUUUUGCUUUGCCGCCCCUCUUCCUUUCCCUCCCAGGAGAAGACAAUUGUUUGGGUCUUGGCCCCAGUAAGGAGUAUAGAGUAAUGCUCUGUCAUGGAGCCACCACUCCAGAGCUCAGAAGGAUGGGAAGACCACUGUAGAAACUGGCUGGAUAGAUUUGGGGUUAGGGUGGGGGCCUAGCUCUUUGAGGAGGGCUUGGGGUGGUACGUGGGCAUCUCUCAUUUCAGAGAGGAAAAACUGUCUUUUGAAGACGAGAGGGAAGAUAACGGACCUCCUGGAAGGAGGUAAGUGAUUUGUUAGGAGGAAGCACAAUUCCAUUCCUUACCUCACUCAGAGAUUUGGUCCCAGCCUUGAGCACUCCACGCACUGCUGUAGCCCCUUCUAUUCUAGGAUGGGAUGGAGAAUGGGUUCAGUUUUCUUGUAACUUAGCCUGGCUGAACUCGAGCUUUGAAUAUUCUGUAUGGUUACCUGAAGUGUAGGGGUCGGAGAGAUUCUCAGCUUCAGUUCUGGUGCCCCAGAGUCUUUGGUGGAAGAGGGCGACCAUAUGGGGAUUGAGAAGAUGUGGUAAAAGGUAAAUUUCUGUAUAGUACAGAAGAGGUUUAUUUUUCUAAAAGUAUCUGCAGGAUUUUGUUUUUCUCUUACCUCAGAUUAAGUUAUUUAUAUAUUAUUGAAGGUUUUUUUUGAUUGCUUUUAAACUUAUUUUUCUGGUUAAUUUUUUUGGUUACACUUGAUAUAUUUAACACCCUAUUUAUGUACUCCCAUCUCUCUUCACAUGAAUCUCUAAGACCACUGAUUGAAAAGUGCAGAACACUUGCAAAUUAAAAGUCCAAUGUGUACUUUUAUUCAGUGAAGAUUAUCCUGGGAUAGUCUAAGUGUGUCCUUUGGGCUCAGAAUUCAGCCUGGUGAUUGUGAUGGCAGUAACUACUCAUGGCCCAGUUUCAGGCUAUAUAGUUUACACAUGUGUAUUGAGUGUUUCCCAUGAGCUCAGCAUUGCUUUGCACAUAAAGAGCAACCAGGUAAGUUGCCCAGCUACGGCCAGCUGUAGCCCAGACAUGAACGUGAGGGAGGAUUCCAGAACAGAUUCCACUGCCACACUCAACGGUGACCACAGACCCCUGGAAGGAAGCUCUUUAACAGGUAUGCACCUCUAGGGCUUCUGAGGUAGAGCCAGCAAUGGGAAUCCGAACGGUGGUUAGCCUGGAGGUGACUGUAUCCCCUAAACUAGAGAAGCCACAAGCCAGGCAUGUGAGUCAGCAAAUCUAAAGAACAUUAACUGAGGCUGAUCUUACAGUAAAAUGCAGAGGUGGUAAGGAUAAUCCAGGGACCUGACUCCAAACGAUCAAGAAGUCAGGUUUUGGUUACGACCGGUGGUUCUCAGACUUUAUUGUGCUUCUGAAUCACCCGAAGGACUUGUUACACCCCAGGCUGGCCCCCACCCUAGAGUUUCUGAUUUAGAAGAGUGGAGAGGGGCCCACAUAUUUGUAUUUCUAGGAAGUUGCAGGUGAUGAUGAGGCUGCUGGUCUGGGGACCACACUUUGAAAACCACUGAUACUGGUAGAGAGCAGGUCUAUGGAAAACAACAUAAAUACUAAUGAGUUCACUAGUUCGUUAGCUGCUUGUCUCUGUAAUUCCUUUCUUAUCUUACUGCCUGCCUAAAGUAAACCCUUAAGGUUCACACAGGCCAGCGUUGUUUCCUGAAUUGGGCCUGUGCGGUUUAACUAAGUGGGCUUUAAACUCAGCAUCCUUGGGGCUUCAGGCUUUCCUCCAUGCUUGCCUGCCUGUCCCACCUCACAUGGAGCUGGGUGUCUGAAGUAGCUGGGUGUCUGCUUACCUCGGGGCUCAGCUUCCUGGGGCAGUGCUUUCGUUCAGCCACACCUGAUGGGUGCAGAAAGAUAAAAUAUUUCUAAAAACUGUUUUGGUUCCCAAGCAUUCAGAACUUCCAGAAUUUGCUAUAGUAUAAAUUGGAUUUAAAGGACAAAUGAAGAGACGAAGAAAAAAAGGUUCAGAUGCAAAAACUUAUUGAUUAGGAUGAGCUGAGGGGAAGGGAUGAUCACUGCCUGACUGCGCAGAAGCAUGAUUACAAAGUGGUGAGACACACCCCCAUUUUUAACUUUCUGUGCUGAUGGGACCUACUGUAAGGGCUCCCAACUGGCUUUACUAAAGUCAUACAGCAGACCUCUUUAGACCCAGAGCAUCUUACCCUUCCGUGGGUUGGAGACCUCUUUGACAGCUGGGAACUUUUCUCCUAAGAAAUACACACAUAUGCACAGACAGAUUUUGCAAGCCACUUCAAGAGGGUUCACUGAGUACCCUCGCCUUCCCCUGACAGAGACUGAAUCUCUGCGCACACUGCCAAAGUAGAAAAACCAUGAAUUUUAGAAGAGUGAAUUUAAUGCGCCUUAUCAAGGUAGUGCUUGCUUAGUCAAAAUUGGUGCAUUUAUAGACACGUAGAAUGCUUUUGUUCUGAGCCAAAUCAAACACCCCCAGCCCCCCAAGAAGCAAGCAUCACAAGUGGGCAGUAUCUGGUGAGUAGAUACUUCACACAUCCUAAACCUUUAAAGGAGUUGAACGAAGUCAAUACUGUUGGCAGUGGCUUAACAAGGGCCCCAGGCUCUCUGGCCUGCAGGGUCUCACAUGAUGGAAUAUUUAGGCAUUGCUAAGUGGCCAACCAAUGGGACAGCUCCUGUCAAUGCCCACCUCCAAGCCCACCUGAGACUUUGCAGCCUUCUACAGGGACGAGUAAGGUGAAAAUAACUAGACAUGAAGCCCUUGGUAAAGAAAACAGUUUAUUUUAAAAACCUGUAAUGUUCUGCCCGUGCUUGGCCCCUGGAUGGAGCUGGAGUCAAAAGUUACUACCUGCACGGGACUGAAGGCAGGUGGGGUGCAAGGUAAAAGGCAGGUUUCUGUUGGGCGAGCCCCACAUUUGUUGUACGUUUUUAAGGAGAUGGCAGUCCAGCUCCUGGUGGUAAGAAAAUGUAGACUCCCAAGAUUCAUGUUUAACUUUACUCACAAGUUAAGCAGAAGUCACUUCCCUCUGUCAGUCAUGAUUUCCCAAACCACAAAGCUCUAAGAGAUGCUGGGACAGCAGCAAGUGGGGCUUGAAUCUUGUGCCGACAAGCCCCCACACAUCAUUUCAUAAUAAAUGCCAACUCUUCUUCUCCA